GUAAUUUAGAAAUACGGAUACGAAAGGCGUUAAGAAUAAGAUACUGUCAUAGAUUCGGGUGUAAGUCGCUUGUCGUCGUCGCCACCUUAGCUUCCUCUGCAGCAUAGCAAACCAAACAUGUGAUAAUUUCAUGCACACGGAGUCACGGACGAAGAACCAGAGCAACCUAGCUUCAGCCUAUCAAAGAACGCGUACAGACACAGAGAACAGAAGAAAAAUAAACGAAUACAUAAUGGCCACAGUUCCUGCUCUCUUAAACCCCUCCUUUUUGGCUCCAAAACCACCUAAUAGACACUCCAUUUGCUACACCAAACCCAUCUUCAUUUUCCCUACGUCUUCGGCUCAUUCGCCGCUUUCUUUGUCUCGGUUCCAACGAUGUUAUUUUAGCGUCAACAUGGCUAUUACUGCUUCUUUGAAGGAGAAUUUGGGUAAUUUGAGAAAGAGGGCGACUGAUUUUACGAGCUUGAACUACUGGGUUGUAAGAGACUACUAUCGUCUAGUGGAGUCAGUUAAUGCCAUUGAGCCGCAGAUUCAGAAGCUCUCUGAUGAGCAGUUGAGCGCUAAAACUGUGGAGUUCAGAAGAAGAUUAAGACAAGGAGAGACACUAGCGGAUAUUCAAGCUGAGGCCUUCACUGUUGUUCGUGAAGCUGCAAGAAGGAAACUUGGAAUGCGCCAUUUUGAUGUGCAGAUUAUUGGUGGUGCAGUGCUCCAUGAUGGAUCAAUUGCUGAGAUGAAAACAGGGGAGGGAAAAACAUUGGUUUCAACAUUGGCUGCAUAUCUUAAUGCACUGACCGGUGAGGGUGUCCAUGGUAUGUUUCCUAUCCUUAACUUCCAAAAUAUGUUAUUUCUUUCAAGCAAAUUGGCUAGAUAUAAUUAGGAAUCUUGCAUAUAC